UACUUGGGGCUUACAAUGAACAACAGCACUGCUGAGUGCCAUGAUGAUCACACUCUGGAUAAAUAUUUGUUUCCAUUUGUGUACAGCGUUGUGAUGAUGAUCAGUGUCCCCAUCAACUGCAUAUCCCUCUAUUCAUCUUGCAUUCAGGUGAGGAAAAAGAAUGAGUCAGCAGUCUACAUCUUUAGCCUAUCCCUAGCUGAUCUUUUGUACUCUUUGAUUCUACCUCUGUGGAUUAAUUAUGCCUGGAAUGGAGAUGACUGGAGACUCUCUGCCUCACUUUGUCAGGUUUCUGCCUUCCUUAUGUAUAUGAAUUUCUACACCAGCACCGCGUUCCUUGCUUGCAUCUCUGUUGACAGGUACCUGGCAUUAGUUCAUCCCUUGAAGCUCCAGCACUUGCGCACAAGAAGAUUUUCGCUGAUUGUCAGCUUAACUGUUUGGCUUCUGGAAAGCAUCCUGAAUUCAGUCAUAUUGGUGUACAAAGAAGUAUUCAGUGAUCCUUGCAAUUUCACUAAUCAUACAUUAUGUUAUGAUACAUACCCCCUGGAAGGGUGGCAGGCACGGAUAAAUUUAUUUCGGAUAUGCUCAGGGUACUUGGUCCCUUUGAUAAUCAUUGUGUUUUGCUACCAUAAAAUCUACCAAGUAGUGAAGUGUAACCAAGCCACACUAGAUGAAGAAAAGAAAAAAGUGAGGAAACUUAUUCUGAAUAUCACAGUUAGUUUCAUUGUUUGCUUCACUCCAUAUCACAUUAUAUUGCUUAUUCGCAGCAUCAGAGAACCUUCCACCACUGACCCACACCUUUUGCUGCCGAUGUAUAAGGUUUACAGAAUCACACAGGCCUUAACAAGUUUGAAUUGCAUUGCGGACCCCAUUCUUUACUGCUUUUUGAGUGAAACUGCACAAACACACAUUCUGAAUGUGCUGAGGUGCUGCUUGUGCCUACGAAAGCGUGAGGAAGACCGAGUGAAAGACCAUGCUCUGUGCAGUUCUGCUACAAAAAGCAGUGCCCUGAUCACCUACAGAACUUCCUGUGAAAUGGAGAUGUCAAAAAAGCCUGAGUGA